AACAUAAGGUAGCGUGACUAGCGUCGACUCCCAUCAAUAAACUGGCAUAAAAAAUCUCCAAGUCUUCUUCUACUACCAAACUUGUGAGGGACAGCGAUCUGAUCAAAACAUCAUGUCCCAAUGGGCAGAUCUUCCAAAAGAACUGUUAGAAAUGAUCAGCAAACGCUUAGAUCUUCGUGUGGAAGUACUUCGCUUUCGUGCUGUCUGUUCUUCAUGGAGAUGCUCUGUCUCUCCACCUUCAUUUGAUCAAGAAAUUCCACCUUUGUUUCUCAAGCUUCCUCCACCCUUUCGUACUCUUGAUCCCAUCUUUGCAGAUGCAGUUCUCAUGCAAACUACCAUAUGUCGCAUGGAGUUUCUAUGUAACUAUUCAAACUCUUCCUGCUCUUUAGCAAAAUCUUCGUUAGUUAAAGUUGGAGAGUCUAAACAUGGUAAACUACAGCCUUUUCAUCCACUUUCAAAUCAAGAAACUAAGGACUCGUUUAUGUCAUUGAACUUGCUCGAUCUUAAGUUUGUGCAAUUAAGUAAAGCUUGUUUACUUAAGUGGCCAGGUGGGAUAUCUGUUUAUGGAAUAAAUAAGGUGGUUGUGUUUCCUCUUUCCGCGGGUUGUAUUGAUAAUUGUGAGCUUGGAAUUUUGGCUAUCUAUCAUGAAGGAAAACUGGGUUAUUGGAGAUAUGGAGAUAAGGAAUGGACUUUGUUAGAUGAUAGGAACUUCGAAUAUGACGAUAUUAUUGUGUAUGAGGGGCAGUUUUAUGUUGUGGACCGAUGGGGGACAGUUUCUUGGAUUGACUCAUCAUUGAAGGUGAUCCAAUACUCACCUCCGCUUUAUGGCUGCGGUGGGCAAAAGAAUUUGGUGGAAUCAUGUGGAGAUCUUUACGUUGUCGACAGGUAUCUAGAUGGAGAAAGGAGGACAUGGAAAGAUUAUGAGGAUGUUAUGGAUACCAAUGACAAUCCUCUUUAUGAGGAUGUUAUGGAUACCAAUGACAAUCCUCUUCGUUUUUGGAGAUUGAUGAAUAAAGCCAGACCCAUGACUGUCGAUUUUAGAGUUUAUAAGCUGGAUGAGGAAUGGGGUACUUGGGUUGACAUAAAAUCUUUAGGUGAUAGAAUCUUUAUUUUGGGUGUUGAUUGUUCUUUCUCGGUUUCAUGUAGAGAUCUUAGUGGAGGUAAAGGGAAUUGCAUUUACUUCUAUGAUAGUCUUUAUGUCGGUGAAAGAAUGAGUGGUGGUGCCAUUCAUGUGUUUCGAUUUGAAGAUCAUAGCAUUGAUAACCUUGCCGUGAUUCCCGAUUACUCUGAGAUAUUCUGGCCAGCCAACAUUGGUUCCUCAGCAUAAACCUGUCUUGGUCUGGUUGUUCAUUAUAUGCAGAUUGAAGCCAAGAUCCCAUUCAAAAGAAGUGCAAGUUCUCGUUGUCUCUCCCCUUUUGCAUGUAUUCUCUCUUUUCUUUUUCUUAUUAUUAUUUUUUAUUAUGGAUUUUAUCCCAAAAUUUAAUUAUGGAUUGUGAAUUUUGAGAUCCAUUUUUAACUUCCUGGUGAUUUCUCUCACGCAU